AUGGCAGACAUCGACCUCCAAGCAGUGCACAACACGCUCGUGGCGGUCGCCUUUGAGGCGGGGCGCAUGAUCCUAGCCGCCAACCCCAACAAAAUCUCAACCGACACCAAGCUAAACGCCGUCGACAUCGUCACCGAAACCGACCAAGCCGUCGAGCGCAUGGUGCUGGCCCGCCUCCGCGCCGCCCAACCCACCUUCGCCUUCGUCGGCGAAGAGAGCUACCAGCCCGGCGUGACGCGCGUCACCGACGCGCCCACCUUCAUCGUCGACCCCAUCGACGGCACCACCAACUUUGUGCACGGCUUCCCCAACGCGUGCAUCUCGCUGGGCGUGGCGGUCGGCCGCGUGCCUGUGGUCGGGGUGGUGUAUAACCCGUUUCAGGAUCUGUUGUUUACUGGGGUGAAGGGCGGGGGUGCGUGGAUGCAGAGGAAUGCGUCGUUGGAGGUGGGGAAGGGGCAGGGGGAGAGGGUCCGGUUGCCGUUGGCGGGGACGCCGGCGCCGGCGUUGGGCGGGUUGAGUAGUGCGUUGGUGUCGAUUGAGUGGGGGAGUCAGAGGGAGGGGGAGAAUUUUGAGGUGAAGGCGAGGACGUUUCGGAAGUUGGCGGCGGCGAAGGAGGGGGGUGGCGGUAUGAUUGGGGGGAUGAGGUCGUUGGGCAGCGCGGCGCUGAAUUUGUGCGCCUGUGCGGCCGGCCAGUUGGAUAUGUACUGGGAGGGGGGUUGUUACGCGUGGGAUGUGGCUGCGGGGUGGUGUAUCCUCACCGAGGCGGGCGGCCGCAUGGUGAGCGGCAACCCCGGCGAGUGGGAGACUACCGUCGACUCGCGCGUGUACCUGGCGGUCAGGGGCGCGAGCAGCGGGCAGGAGGAGCUUGUGAAGGAGUUCUGGGACAUUAUUGGGGACGGCCGGAUGGAUUACAAGCACUAG